CAGUGUGACUUGUUUCGCUUGUGGUUGUCUGAUGUCGUGCUCUCUUGCUCACUCGCCACUUCCUCUUUUUGUCUAGAGCCGUGAGGGCAACACUGUUUAGCUGUGAAGCAUGAACCAAUCAGUUUUCUCUACCUGCUUCAUAUUUUUAAGUUGGUUACCCCCGCUUCGCUUAUUAUCGUGAGGCACUACUGUACAUCUCGUAUGUGUGAAAAUGGCGCUUUCUUGUGCAAUUUCCAAUGAAGUGCCGGAGCACCCCGUCAUAUCACCUUUGUCGGGCUCCAUAUUCGAAAGGCGUUUAAUCGAGAAGUACGUGAAUGAAAAUGGAGUCGAUCCUAUAACAGGAAAAGAAUUAACCAUUGAACAGCUUAUCGAUGUCAAAACUACUCCUAUAGUUAAGCCUAAACCACCAAGUGCAACAUCUAUCCCAGCUAUAUUAAAAAUUCUGCAAGAUGAAUGGGACGCUGUGAUGUUACAUUCUUUUACGCUUAGACAGCAGCUUCAGACAGCUAGGCAAGAAUUAUCUCAUGCCUUGUAUCAACAUGAUGCAGCUUGCCGUGUAAUUGCUAGACUGACAAAAGAAGUUACUGCAGCAAGAGAAGCUUUGGCUACUUUGAAACCACAAGCUGGAAUUGUGCAAGCUACCACCAUUCCACAACCUGCAGUUGCAGUUGAAGCUGGUGGCACUGCAGCUCAACCCAUGGAACAAGCUGGUAUUACUGAGGAUGUAAUACAGAAACUUCAAGAAAGGGCUACAGUGCUCACACAGGAAAGGAAACGCCGCGGACGUUCAGUCCCUGAAGAUUUAAUGCCGCAAGAUAGUAUUCGCGCUUUUCAGACACUUGCGUCACAUCCUGGUCUUCACUCUGCCAGCGUACCUGGUAUACUAGCAUUAGAUAUUCAUAGUGCAGAUACCAGUAAGAUUUUAACUGGUGGUGCUGAUAAAAAUGCCACAGUAUUCAAUAAAGACACGGAGCAAGUAGUUGCCAUAUUAAAAGGACAUACCAAAAAGGUUACAAGAGUAAUUUAUCACCCUGAAGAAGAUAUAGUAAUGACUGCAUCGCCUGACACUACAAUACGAGUAUGGAAUGUAGGCACUAGUCAAACGACAUUGUUAUUGAAGGCUCACGAUGCUCCCGUAACUGGCCUCUCUUUACAUCCGACUGGCGAUUAUUUGUUGAGUUCCUCGCUGGACCAACAUUGGGCAUUCUCAGAUAUUCGUACUGGCAGAUUACUAACUAAGGUCGCCGGUCAAGUUAGUCAACCUUUGACUACGGCUCAGUUCCAUCCCGAUGGAUUGAUUUUCGGCACCGGUACUGCGGACUCACAGGUGAAGAUUUGGGAUUUGAAAGAACAAUCAAACGUAGCGAAUUUCCCCGGCCACUCGGGACCAAUUACAGCAAUUAGUUUUUCUGAAAACGGUUACUACUUAGCCACUGCUGCUGAAGACUCUUGUGUGAAAUUGUGGGAUUUACGCAAGUUGAAAAACUUCAAGACACUUCAAUUAGAAGAAUCAUAUGAGGUCAAAGAUAUUUGCUUCGAUCAAAGCGGCACAUAUUUAGCAGUCGCUGGAACAGACGUGAGAGUGUACUUGUGCAAGCAAUGGCAAGAACUGAAAGUGCUCAAUGAUCACACAGCAGCCGCGACCGGUGUCCGUUUUGGAAAGCAUGCACAGUACAUAGCAUCAACUAGUAUGGACAGGACAUUAAAACUUUACGGACUACCUUAAAUACAUAGUUAUAAAAUUAUAUUAAUUUAAGCACAAUUUAAAUUAGAGCCUGUAGCAUAAGCUUAUUACGAUGAAAAGUGGCGAGUGUUUCUAAUAUUUGUAUUAUUUGAUUCAUACAUAGUAUUUCCACUUUCAAAUACGUUAAAUGAAUUUACAGUAAAAUAGAUAAGUCUUACAUUUAUUCUGAAUGUUACUUAAAACUAGUUUUGAAGUCUUGCUUCUGUUCUACUAUCAACACAAAGAUAAUGUUUUAUACAUUUUUUUAAAUCAUCCUUAAAUCACUAACAAGAAAUUUUACAAUAAAGUAUCGACUAAAGCCAAAUCAUAUUUAUUAUACCAUUUAUAGAAAUUGUAAGGUGUCGAGACGUAUACAUGUUGUUAACUGUUAAUGAAUUCGUUUCGAAUAUUUUGUAAGACAAAGUACAAAUGUCGUAUAGCAGUGCGUGAUAUUAUAAAACCAACAUUGUAUAGGUAAUUAUUUUUAUAAAGAAAUGUGUAUGACACAGAAUUUCUUGACUGUACUUUACCUCCACUCAGGAUACUUUUCCUAAUAUUUAGGAUACUUUACCUUUACCUAAAUAAAGAUACUUUCCGCAA